GAGCGCCAUAAUAGAGGAGGCACUCUCCACGUGACUGUCGUCGCAUAGCUUCCUGGCAAUGGCUACUAUCGGCGCUUGUGGGGAGUGGAUUGUAUCCACAUGUGACAGCAAACUAAUUUCUAUUCACACCAAACAGGACAGAGAACCGUUCGUGUUUGACUGCAGUGCCGCCGAAAAGAAACCAAAGGACACGGAGAGUGACAAUAAAAGUGAUGACGGUGGUGCUGAUGAGACCGGACAUGACGUGAUCCUGGCCGUCGCCGUGUCGCCCACUGGAAGACUGGCGGCGCUGACAGACGACUCCAAACGCCUUGUUCUAUUCCGAUGUGACUCUCCAUGGCAGUGCAUCAGCACAAGGUGGGUGGUGCGGCGCUGCACCUCCCUGGUGUUCAGCCAGGCCGAGGACCAGCUGCUGGUGGCGGACAAGUCAGGGGACGUCUACUCCUUCUCUGUGGAGGAGCCCCACAGGGCCGGGGAGCUGAAGCUGGGUCACCUCUCCAUGCUGCUCGCUCUCACACUCUCACCCGACGACCGCUACGUCAUCAGCGCUGACCGUGACGAGAAGAUCCGGGUCAGCCACCUCAAGUCUCCUCACAACAUCCAGGCCUUCUGCCUAGCCCACCGAGAGUUCGUCAGUUCUCUGUUGAUCCCUGCGGCUCACCGGGAGUGGCUCCUCUCUGGAUCAGGAGAUGGGAAUGUGAUUCUGUGGCAGUAUGAAUCUGGGCGGGAGCUCCAGAGAUGGGACAUGAGGAAGCUGAGGGAAGCCCCUGACGGCACCAAAGAUGGUGAGGAGGAGGAGAAGAGGUCGGCCGUGAGUCGGAUCACAAGCUCUCCGGACGGCCUUCACGUGGUGGUACAGUGUGAAAGAGCUGCUACGGUCCAGAUGCUGAGCCUGGAGAAGGGUACUGAGGACAGACUGACCCCCAGCCACCAGCUCACCCUGCCCCACUGCCCCCUGGAUAUCACCUUUGACCCCAGAGGCCGACUGUGGGUGCUGCUGGACUCUGCCGACACACCGUUCCAGGUGUACACGCACACACAGGAUGGUUGGCAGCGUGAUGCAGACAACGCCGAAGUGAGCCGGGUGACUGAAGCCCUCAAACCCUACUGGAAGGCCCUCCAACCGCUGGCUGUGGCAGAGAGCCGCUUCGAGCACCUGUAUAAGGUGAACUUCGACAACAUGGAGUCCUACAUGGAGAAGAAACGCCUGCGUCUGGAGCAGCAGAAGAGCCACUGGGGCAAGAAGAGGACGACCGGGGACGGCAACAAGACCCCCGGCAAGAAGAGGAGCAAGGAGAACAAAGUGAAGUGAGCGUCUGGAGGACACGCAGCGAGCUGUAGGAGCAUUGGAGAUCUGGGAAUGACCAUGGACUUUUUGGCAUUGGCCAAAAGAAAGCUACUGUGUAGUGUUUGUGUUGGGACAGAAUUAAGAGAUGGUAAUGAGGAUUUUUUUUUUUUUUUUAUAAACAUUUAUGGACCAGAAUACUCUUCUCCUCAUUUUUUUACCGUCUACUUUGUGCAGCCACAUGUAUGCCAUUUACCCAAUGAUGUUCUGCACGCAGCAAAGCAAGCUCAUAGGACAGUUGUAAUAAUUCAACCUUUAUUUGUUUGUAGGAAAGAACAAAGGUGACUAGAAAUCUGUACAAUCUGUAAAAAACAACACAUUUAAAAUAAAAACAAGGCUGAUAGAGAAAUAUCUAAAUAAUGUUCACUGCAGUAGCUGUACAAAUGUAGACACUCCCUGAAAAUAAUGCUUUAGAUUUGUCCGUCGGUCCCUGAGCAAGCGUGCACGCCUCCACCCAGUGGUUGGUUUUAAAUAUUAGGCCUGGAAACCACUACAUCAAAUCCAAUCCUUCAGGUUGAUCUGUGAUGGACUGCUCGUACCUGGCGCAAUGCGCUCUACUAGAACAUCGCUCCGCACACAUCCUAUUGGUCCUGUCUCCGGGCCUGGGGAGGGGUGGCGGGGGAAGGUUUCGGCUCGGGGGGCCCGGAACCAAACUGUGAACUCUGCUCUGGCACUCUGCUCACCUGCUCUACUUUCACUGGUGCUGAAAACAAACAUACACUGUAAGAGAAAUAUUUCAAUGAUUACAUUUGAUGUUCUAAUGUGAUCUGCAGUUUCUUUAAAGGCCACUGGGUAGCAGCAAAAUAAAAUAAAUGCAAGUGUGCACUUAAAUAUGAAUUUAUGAAUGAGUUGUAAAUAUGACGGCAAAUACUAAUUUGGAAUAAUUUGUGGCUGAUGUUCCUGAACGGAUCGGAUGUAAAGACCAUAUUACAUUGAAGCUAAAGUUUACUGAAUGAUGUCCGUCGUCUAUGGCGAUAGAGAACCUUUUAUCUCAGUGUGAAAGUACAACAUAUAAAUUGGUGUGGACCUACCUCAAACCUCCUACUUCUUCUUCCCUAUUGUCAAGUUUUCACUUUUCUUCUUCUUCACCUGCAAAAAAAAUAAACAAGAACAUGGAAACAAAGAUAGACCAUGAGCUGUGGGGU